UUUGUUGCACUUGUUGUGUAAGUUGAAAGUGAAGUCUGGAAGUCUGUAAGUGUACAAGAUUUGGUCACGGAAAAGAACACGGACAAGACAAUGAUUAAUCCACUUCCACUGUGGCUUUUCAUGACUGCAUUGAGUGGGUAUUCCACUGCAACACCCACUGGUUGCGUCACGUCUACAGAGGUGGUACAACGAGCGUCAGCAGAUAUUAUCUUCCUUCUGGAUGGAUCUGGGAGUGUGGCUGCAGACCAGUUCUUGAUCAUGAAAACGUUUGUGAAGAAUGUGACCAGGAGUCUCCUGCCGUAUAACGUCUCAUUUGCCUUUGCACAGUACUCCAGUAGCUUCACCACACAUGUCAACUUCAAGCAGUUUAACACAACAACAUUUGAAAGUCAGGUGAACGGUAUCGUCCAGAGCCGUGGAAGCACGUACACCGCAUGGGCUAUGGGGAGAGCUCUGCAAGAUACGUUUGAUUCAUCUGUUGGAGCAAGAGCUGGUGCCAAGAGAUUCCUCAUCGUCAUCACAGAUGGGCGGUCCUCUGAUUCUGCAAGCUAUCACAGUGUUGCAGCGCAGGCUGAUGCAAGCAACAUCACUAGAUACGCUAUUGGGGUUGGUGCUGCCUGGAGCAGCCAGUCAUCUCAAAAUGAGUUGAGGGCCAUUGGAUCUAAACCAGAAUCAGAACAUGUGUUUAAAGUGACCGACUUCGGAGGACUGAAACAAAUCAGAAAAUCACUGGAAGAGAAAAUCUUGACCAUACAAGGGGUGAUUGGAAAUUGUCCAAACCAAGGCAACCAAACUUGUCCACCUGCAUCUUCAAAUCCGGUCACAACAACCCAAGCUGCAGAUAUUGUCUUCCUUCUGGAUGGAUCUUCAAGUGUGAAAGCAGACCAGUUCAUUCUCAUGAAGACAUUUGUGAAGAAUGUGACCAGGAGUCUACUGCAAUAUAACACCUUAUUUGCUUUUGCACAGUACUCUGACCAGAUGACCAAACAUGUGAACUUCAAUGAGUUCAAUAGAACAGGUUUUGGAAAUCAGGUGGACAGUAUCGUCCAAAGACAAGGAGGCACACACACAGGAUACGCUGUUUUCCAAGUUGUGAAAUAUGUGUUUCAUGCUUUUGCUGGAGCAAGACCUGCUGCCAAAAGAAUCCUCAUUCUCAUCACAGAUGGGCUGACUCAUGAUGGUUCAAGAUAUCCCAGUGUCACAGCAGAGGCCGAUAAAGAAAAUAUUACUCGAUACGCUAUUGGGGUUGGCAGUACCUGGUCCAGCCAGACGGCGCAAGACCAGCUCCGUGCCAUUGCAUCCAAACCAGAAUCGGACCAUGUGUUUGAAGUGGACAGCUUUGAUGCACUCGGCAACAUCAGCAAAGCACUGGGAAAUAAAGUGAUGGUCUUUGAAACGCGAGUCGUGCCCACCGUUAAUGGGAAUGCUGAAGGUGCACCUUGUGUCUUCCCUUUCGUGUACUUGGGCACAGUACACCGGAAAUGCACUACCAUCAACCAUGACAAGCGAUGGUGUUCAACCACAAGCAACUUUGACGAGGAUGAGCUAUGGGGAGAAUGCUGCAUUCAAGAUGAGGAAUAAUUGAGCAUGUGACUAAAACAGUAUAUGCUGUUUUAAUAAAGUAUAAACAUUGAAAACCGUUCAA